GACUCUUCUCUCCAGUACAUAGCACUGUCUAUGAAGCUGCUGCUCAAGGUCUAUGGGGAGGAGAUUUUGAGUUCCCUGGAGGCACACAUCUGAUCAGUAGUGUGUGUUACAUAUCUGUGUCUCCUACUGUUCCUGAACUGGAUAAACCAGUGAUUGUACAGCUAGUACAUUGUGCUCAUUUGAGCUCUGAAUCUCAGAGUGAGUAUUUGAGCUUUGUAGUAGCUAAGGUUCAACCUGGUAAACAGUGCGGCCCUUUUAAGUUUGAGUUUUUACCAGGAGGAUCAUUCUCACCUGAGUCUCAGACUGGCACUAUAGAAUUGAAGAGUUUCUCACUGGUUGCUAUUGUGAUGGGUGGAGCCACACUCGGUGGUGCUGCUGGUAUUGUUGCUGGAAUUGCUGCUGGUGUAGCUGCUGUACCUCUUACUGCCAUAGCUGCUGUUGGAGCAGCAACUGGUCUAGCACUGACUGCUUUUACUUAUGCUCCUACUUUCUAUUGCCAAGCAUUAUUUUAUAAGAAGUGCUUAUUUCAUAAAGUAGUGAUGAGUCUAGCUGUACUGCAAGAUUUACCUUCUUCUAAUGAGUUGCUACAAGUACAUCCUGCUGCUCAAGCUCUUGGUGACUUUGAUACUAGUUUUCGUUUUACUUUUUCAAAAAGGAAAGACCAUCUCUUGAAAGUAACUGAUAUUCCUUCAGAGAACAAAAAUGGUUGGAGAUUCACAUUAUGUAAUACUGAUGCUAUUACCCAGGGUCAUGUUGCUGAUUACAAUUCUGGUAAAAGUGGUCAGUUACCAUACAUUCAAUUAUCAGUAGAACCUGAUGAAACUGAUGCUACUAACAAGCUGUCUCAUGCUUUAUCUAUUGAUGGUAUAGAAACACCAUCAGUUGCUCACUGGAGAAUUGAAGUAUCAAAGAAUGAAAUAUCAUCACUUGUUCCUUCAUCAGCAUCAGCCACUACUGCAGUACAAACUGGAGCACAAGCUAGUCCUAGUGUAUCUACAGAUCAACAGGUCCAGCAAUCAUCAUUUGAUCCUCAACUAUCAGUAACAGCUUUUAGGAAACAGUUUGAAGCUUUAUCAAAAUUGUUAUCUGUGUCUUUUAAUAGACUGGCAGUUGCUCCUGCAUUGUUUGGUGAAGGUCUCAUCACAUUUGAUUGUUAUAAGAAUGCUACUGAAGGAAGUAGCAAGACAGAAGAAGAGAAGAGUACAGGUCUAAUGAUAUCACUAAUGUCUACAAUCAGUACACAACCUGAAUUACUAACUGAACUGAUUAAUGUAUUAAAAAGAAUAGAACCAUUUAAACUAAUAGCAACUAAACUAGCUGAAGCUUCUUCUCACUAAUAACU